AGGCAAGAAGGUGAAGCCGCUGCCUCCGCCCGUCAGUGCCUCGGAAGUGUCCCUGCCACUUCUGAGUAGCGGUAUGGAAGCCUGGGCCAAAAAGGUCAAGGAACAGCCCUGUCGUUGCUGGCCCUCCUGGCCCUUCGAUGAGGUUUCCUUCGAGACGUCGGUGACAUUGGACGGCAGAAGAAUUGCCUUCAUCUCCCUGGCCGCCAGCGCCCACGAAGCCUCGCAGCGGCUUCCCGCAGCGCUGCUGCAGACGCAGCAAGGGUGGCUGCAACUGCUGUGGGCGUCGGAAGUGUUGCCAUUGCCUGCGAUGUUCCUGUUGUUGAGCCCAAGACUCUCUGUCCUCCUCUCCGAUCCGCUGUACCUUCCCAGCGGCGCCGUCCCAACGAUCCUCCCCUGGGACCCUGCGGGCUUCGUGGGGGAGCUGCAGCCCAAACACCAGGAGGAUCUCUGGGAUCGAGAGGAUGUGACGCACGGACGAGUGGCGUUGAUGGCGGCCAACACCUUCUUCAUCGACUUCCUCUACGAGGUCGAUGAUUUGGAGUCCGCAGAGGAGUUACUAAGCCUGCCGCCACGGCCAAGGGGGCAGUUCCACAGUUUUCCUACGCAGAUCAAGGGCCGACGCUAUUUUCCGAUUCCACCCAUGAUGCGGAUCCGCCUUUGACAAGGGUCGAGAAACGAACGGAGAAAACGGUCCUGGUCGGUUUCACCAGUGGGAUGAACAUCCCAGCAUAC